UGGCAACUCUUCUCAUUGGUACAUAAUGGAAGGCAUGGUCCGUCCAGCCUUCAUGUACCUCUAGAAGGCUGGUGUGAAAGCUAACCACCAGCUCUGGAGUGGUUGGCCUGGCUCAGAAGGUAUUGGAGAGGAUGCAGGGAAGGGGACGCUUUGAGGAUAAUCAUGCUUCACAGAAGAACAGCACCGACCUCCAGUUGCUUUAAACACAACCUUCUCCACUAGGGCUCCAGGAAAAAAAAAAAGAAUAAUUACAAGAAUAAUCAUUAAAAAGGUGAAAGGAAUGCUUGCUCUGGAACCUGCAUUUGACGAUCCUCACCACUCGCACUGAAUACCCUCUGAAGUGAUUCUCUCCUGCUUUUGAAUUUGCACCGCUUCGAGACGAUUGCCACAAAGAAUUCUCUAUUUUUUUUUACGGCCAAAUAGGAUUUUUUUUUAAACUCAUUCCCCCACAUUUGUCCCCCGACCCUUAUUCUUCUUAUGUGGAUAUGCAAGCAAGAAGAGGAGACUGGACAUUCCCAACAUGCUCUCUCCCUUGAUCUGUCCGUCUAGAGGUUCUGCUUCUACAAACCAAGGGAGUGUAAGAGCCGAAGAUGAGGCCCAGGGUGGAGUGCUACUCUCCAAAGUUUUGGCUGGUGCUGGCAGUCCUCGCGACAACAGGGAGCGGGGCCCAUGCCCAGAAAAGCCACCCGAGCAUUGGCAUUGCAGUCAUCCUGGUGGGGACCUCAGACGAAGUGGCCAUCAAAGAUGCACACGAGAAAGAUGACUUCCACCACCUCUCAGUGGUGCCCCGGGUGGAGCUGGUGGCCAUGAAUGAGACAGAUCCCAAGAGCAUCAUCACCCGCAUCUGUGACCUCAUGUCAGAUCGGAAGAUUCAAGGGGUGGUAUUUGCUGAUGACACAGACCAGGAAGCCAUUGCUCAGAUCCUGGACUUCAUCUCUGCCCAGACCCUCACUCCCAUCCUGGGCAUUCAUGGAGGCUCCUCUAUGAUCAUGGCAGAUAAGGAUGAGUCAUCCAUGUUCUUCCAGUUUGGCCCAUCAAUAGAACAGCAAGCCUCUGUCAUGCUCAACAUCAUGGAAGAAUAUGACUGGUACAUCUUCUCCAUUGUCACUACUUACUUCCCUGGUUACCAGGACUUUGUGAACAAGAUCCGCAGUACCAUUGAACACAGCUUUGUGGGUUGGGAACUGGAGGAGGUCCUCCUCUUGGACAUGUCCCUGGACGAUGGGGACUCAAAGAUCCAGAACCAGCUCAAGAAGCUCCAAAGCCCUGUUAUCCUCCUCUACUGUACCAAGGAAGAGGCCACCUACAUUUUUGAGGUGGCCAACUCUGUGGGUCUGACAGGCUAUGGUUACACGUGGAUCGUGCCCAGCCUGGUGGCAGGGGAUACAGACACAGUGCCAUCCGAGUUCCCCACUGGGCUCAUCUCUGUCUCAUAUGAUGAAUGGGACUACGGUCUUCCUGCCAGAGUGAGGGAUGGAAUAGCCAUAAUCACCACGGCUGCUUCUGAUAUGCUGUCUGAACACAGCUUCAUCCCUGAACCCAAGAGCAGCUGUUACAACACCCAGGAGAAAAGGAUUUACCAGUCAAACAUGCUCAACAGGUACCUGAUCAAUGUCACCUUUGAAGGCAGGAAUCUGUCAUUCAGUGAGGAUGGAUACCAGAUGCAUCCCAAGCUGGUGAUCAUCCUUCUGACCAAGGAGAGGAAGUGGGAGAGGGUGGGGAAAUGGAAGGAAAAAAAGCUGCAGAUGAAGUAUUAUGUGUGGCCCCGCUUUGAGCUGUAUCCUGACUCUGAGGAACGCGAGGACGACCACCUGAGUAUAGUGACCCUGGAAGAAGCACCGUUCGUCAUUGUGGAGAAUGUGGACCCCCUAAGUGGCACCUGCAUGAGGAACACUGUCCCUUGCCAAAAACGCAUUGUGACCGAGAACAAAACUGAUGAGGAGCCAGAUUACAUGAAGAAAUGUUGCAAGGGGUUCUGCAUUGACAUCCUCAAGAAAAUCUCAAAGUCUGUCAAGUUCACCUAUGACCUCUACUUGGUGACUAACGGCAAGCAUGGGAAAAAAAUCAAUGGGACAUGGAAUGGAAUGAUUGGAGAGGUUGUCACCAAACGGGCCUAUAUGGCUGUGGGAUCCCUCACGAUUAAUGAGGAACGUUCAGAAGUGGUGGAUUUCUCUGUGCCCUUCAUAGAGACGGGAAUCAGCGUCAUGGUGUCACGUAGCAAUGGAACUGUCUCACCUUCUGCCUUCUUAGAGCCAUUCAGUGCUGAUGUAUGGGUGAUGAUGUUUGUGAUGCUGCUUAUCAUCUCUGCAGUGGCCGUCUUUGUCUUCGAGUACUUCAGCCCUGUGGGCUAUAAUCGGUGCCUUGCUGAUGGCAGAGAGCCAGGAGGUCCCUCUUUCACCAUUGGCAAAGCUAUCUGGUUGCUGUGGGGGCUGGUGUUCAACAACUCUGUGCCAGUGCAGAAUCCCAAGGGUACCACUAGCAAGAUCAUGGUGUCAGUGUGGGCCUUCUUUGCUGUCAUCUUCCUGGCCAGCUACACUGCCAAUCUGGCUGCCUUCAUGAUCCAAGAAGAAUACGUGGACCAGGUGUCUGGCCUGAGCGACAAAAAGUUCCAGAAACCAAAUGACUUCUCGCCCCCUUUCCGUUUUGGGACAGUUCCCAAUGGCAGCACAGAAAGGAACAUCCGCAACAACUACCCUGAAAUGCACAGCUACAUGGUGAAGUUCAAUCAGAGAGGGGUGGAUGAUGCACUAUUCUCACUGAAGACUGGGAAGUUGGAUGCUUUCAUAUAUGAUGCAGCAGUGCUGAACUACAUGGCUGGCAGAGAUGAAGGCUGCAAGCUGGUGACGAUUGGGAGUGGGAAAGUGUUUGCCUCCACUGGCUAUGGCAUUGCCAUCCAAAAGGACUCAGGCUGGAAGCGCCAGGUUGAUCUUGCCAUUCUACAGCUUUUUGGAGAUGGGGAGAUGGAGGAGCUGGAAGCACUGUGGCUCACUGGCAUUUGUCACAACGAGAAGAAUGAGGUUAUGAGCAGCCAGCUGGAUAUAGACAACAUGGCAGGUGUCUUCUACAUGCUGGGAGCAGCUAUGGCCCUCAGUCUCAUCACCUUCAUCUGUGAACAUCUCUUCUACUGGCAAUUCCGCCACUGCUUCAUGGGCGUCUGCUCUGGCAAGCCUGGCGUGGUCUUCUCCAUCAGCAGGGGUAUCUACAGCUGCAUCCAUGGUGUGGCCAUUGAGGAACGCCAGUCAGCAAUGAACUCCCCCACGGCGACUAUGAACAACACCCAUUCCAACAUCCUCCGCCUGCUUCGGACAGCCAAGAACAUGGCCAACCUGUCAGGGGUCAAUGGCUCACCUCAGAGUGCCCUGGACUUUAUCCGUCGUGAGUCAUCGGUUUACGAUAUCUCUGAGCACCGCCGCAGCUUCACACACUCAGACUGCAAGUCCUACAACAACCCCCCCUGUGAAGAGAAUCUCUUUAGUGACUAUAUUAGUGAGGUAGAGAGGACCUUUGGCAACCUCCAGCUGAAGGACAGCAAUGUAUAUCAGGACCACUACCAUCACCACCACCGCCCCCAUAGCAUUGGCAGCACCAGCUCCAUCGAUGGGCUCUAUGACUGUGACAACCCACCCUUCAAUGCCCAGUCGCGGUCCAUUGGGAAGAAGCCACUGGACCUGGGGUUACCCCCUGCCAAGCACAGCCAGCUGGGUGACCUCUAUGGCAAGUUCUCCUUCAAGAGUGACCGCUACGGGGGCAGUGGAGCCCACGAUGACCUGAUCCGCUCGGAUGUCUCUGACAUUUCCACUCACACAGUCACCUAUGGCAACAUCGAAGGCAAUGCAGCCAAGCGGCGGAAGCAGCAGUACAAGGACAGCCUGAAGAAACGUCCAGCCUCUGCCAAGUCCCGGCGGGAGUUCGAUGAGAUAGAGUUGGCCUACCGCCGGCGCCCACCCCGCUCGCCCGACCACAAGCGCUACUUCAGGGACAAGGAAGGGCUACGGGACUUCUACCUGGAUCAGUUUCGAACCAAGGAAAAUUCACCGCACUGGGAACACGUGGACCUGACGGAUAUCUACAAAGAGCGGGGAGAUGAGUUUAAGCGUGACACAGGAGGAGGAGGGGGUGGAUCCUGCACAAACAGGGCCCACCAUAAGCAUGGCUCGGGUGAGUUUGGCGGAAGCAAUGAGCACAAGCAUGGUGUUGUAAGUGGGGUCCCGGCGCCGUGGGAGAAGAAUCUGACCAACCUAGACUGGGAGGACCGGCCUGGGACUAAUUUCUGCCGUGGUUGCCCUUCUAAGGUGCACAACUACACACCAUCAGUGGUGGGGCAGAACUCCACCCGCCAGGCUUGCAUCCGGUGUGAGGCCUGCAAGAAAGCGGGCAACCUGUAUGACAUCAGCGAGGACAACUCACUCCAAGAGCUGGACCAGCCACCUGCCCCUGUGCCCGUGGCCACCAGUGCCACCUCCUCCUCCAAAUAUCCUCAGAGCCCUUCCAAUUCUGCCUCCAAGGUGCAGAAGAAGAACCGCAACAAGCUCCGCCGGCAGCACUCCUACGACACCUUUGUGGACCUGCAGAAGGAUGACUCAGCCCUGGCCCCUCGCAGCGUCAGCCUCAAGGACAAGGGCCGCUUUUUGGAGGGGAGCCCCUACGCCCACAUGUUUGAGAUGCCAGCCAGUGAGACCACCUUUGCCAACAACAAGUCCUCAGUGCCCGCCACCAGCUACCACCACCACAACAACCCCGGCAGCAGCGGGGGAUACAUGCUCAGCAAGUCGCUCUACCCUGACCGGGUCACCCAAAACCCUUUCAUCCCCACUUUUGGGGAUGACCAAUGCUUGCUCCACGGCAGCAAAUCUUAUUUCUUCAGGCAGCCUGUGGUGGCAGGAGGGCCCAAAGCCAGGCCAGACUUCCGAGCCAUCGUCACCACCAACAAGCCGGUGGUCUCAGCCCUUCAUGGGGCUGUGCCAGCCCGUUUCCAGAAGGACAUCUGUAUAGGGAACCAGUCCAACCCCUGUGUGCCUAACAACAAAAACCCCAGGGCUUUCAAUGGCUCCAGCAACGGGCAUGUUUAUGAGAAACUCUCCAGUAUUGAGUCUGACGUUUGAGUGAGAGGGGAAGAGUGCGGGGAGGGACUGGGGGUGGAUGUGGAGCAUGGGAGGGUGGGGUGGGAUCACUCCCAUCGGCUACUCUCCCUGGUCGUCCUUAGUUUGUGGGAUACUGGAGUUCUGAGUAGUGCAGCACUGGUGACAAGUGCCACCUCUUUGGUUUCCCCUCUUCCUCCUCCUCUUUCCCACCCCUCCCCUUUUAUCUCUUUUUCCAUGUUCUCGCUCCUCCCAUUCUCCUCCAUUCCUGGCCAUUGCACUUUACAGUGACGUCAGAGUUGGAUAUCCUCGCUCGUGAUUUCAGGAGGGGGAGAAAAAGACAGGGAAGGGGUGGGGCGAGGGGGAGCAGCAGUGACUGUAGUAUUUCACUUUUGCUGGCUCCCAGCAGAGAAAGGCAUGUGCACGCACAAACGUGUGUGGCAGGAGGAGACAGCAGAAGCAGUGUAAUGGACAUGCAGGAACACAUGCUUGCUCAGGCAACUCUUCCUAAAACUGCCUAGAAAAGAGUAAUGUUUGAAGAUGUAGAGAAAGUGAAGGGGGAAAAACAUGAUUAACUUGAUGAUGCACUUAUAUGUUAGGUAUACUGAGGUUCUCGUUACAUUAUUUUGUGAAGACUAUGGGGGUUUAGGGCUGAAAUAUAUAUAUAUAUAUAUUUGCGUAUAUGCUGAGAAAUUUUACUCUAAAAUUUUGAAUUGUUUGCUGGGGGUGUGGGGGGAGGGAGAGAAGAUUUGUCUGCAGGUCUGGUUAGUGUUUUCACUAUGGCUAUUACAGCCACGGAAUCUGUGACAGACCAUUGGGACAGCUGGAAAGGAAGUGGGGUCUGAGUCUGGAAAAGCAACCCUGGAGUCAGGGAGGCUUCUGGGAGCUCUGACAGAGGAUGCAGGUUUGCACUGAAAUGAAAGGAGAUUGGAGAAAGGAGUGCAGAGCUGGGUUGUUAGCUAUGAAUUGCUCACUAGUUGUGGCUUAUUUCAAGGGUGGGAGCAGUAUAUCAUAUGGGUUAGCCUAUACGCGAGUAUAUACAAUAAUCUUAUACUUGAAAUGUCUGUGGAGAAAGCAAAAUAAACCCACAAUCCUAUAAGGUGUCUGGAUAACAAACAGUGGAACAGAGCUAAAGAGUAGGGAAAGGUGGGGAGUUUUGUCACUGUCACUUCAGGGGACACCAACCUUGUUUUGGCAUGUCCUUUCAGCAAGGAGAGCAGGACAAGAAAGGUUUUCAUCCUUCUGCCCUCCCUACCCUUGGCCAGCAGGAUGGAACAAAAGGAAGAGGGUGCCCUCUGCCAAUGCUGGCAUGGUGCUGGAGAGAGAAAAAUAAACACCAUGAAAGGGUGCAUGUGGUGGCGUUGGUGCUGGUGGACUGUUUUGAUGCCUUCUUGGACAUGUGGAAGUGGGAAGAGGGUGUGCACACCCAUGGGAAAUACAUAUGUAUAUUUACUAUUGAAUGUACAAGGGAAGUACAUGGCUUGUCUUCCUGGCAAGGGGUGUGCUUGAAUAAAUGCCAGAGAGCACAGAAACUUGUGCUGAGGGCUGAAGACAAGACGUGCAAGGCUGAGAUGUGUGUGUACAUGUACGUGUGCUUCUGUGUGCAAGAGAGAUACUAGCACAAGUGCAAAGCUGGAAUAGCCUAGGGUUUCCCAUCCCUGCAGUUGUAGUGACAGCUUUCCUGGUGCACCUAGUAUCGAUAAGAGUGAUUUUUUUCUUUCCAUUGUAUCAUUUUAGAUGCAAGUUAAACUAAAGGAAAGGGAGCAAUGGUAGGAGUGAGAAGUUGAACUCCCCCUUCAUAUGUCUUCUUUUUCCUGAGGUGGGGGCAUGGGUCAACCUGUCCCAUCCCGAGAGAUGUGGCAAAGUCCCUCCUGUUUCUCCUGGGUCUGCCCCAAUCUCACAAUUACCAUGGCUCACCAGGGGGAGGGUCAAGAGAGCCCUGCGCUAAGGACAUGGGGACAUUCCAGGGGACUGACUCUGAAUGGAGAUGGCAGCCCCUUUAUGAGCCACAUUUCUUGGAGCUGAUAGCCACCUCUCUCGCAUUUGUCACCGCACCCUGGUUGAUUUUAUCUUUCUCUUUUUAAGCCAACAGAAGGCCUUUUAUUUAUUUACCUAUUUAUUUUAUUUAUUUUUUAAAGCUGGGGUGGGGGGAGGGUGGGAUUUGCCUGUAAAGUCAAAGAGUGUGAGGAGAAGGUGGGCGGGAUUGGUGAGGGGAACAUUUUCUUAGAUUUCACUGAGGAAAUUGAAGAGGGAAGAGGGGGAGAGUCUUUGUAAUGCCACCCCUUAAUCUUUGGGGUAAGGGAACUUCUUAUUCUUUCCCCUUUCUCUCAUUACAAGGACAAAAAGGAGAAAAAAAAAGGAGAAAAAAAAAAAAAAAGAAACCAAA